AUGUCCCUCCCUGCUACUCACCAAGCUAUCGUUGAUGCUCUGAUUCAAGACCUACAAAAGGCAAAUACCAACGACCCUCUUCAAUACUGCGCCAAUUACUUCCACCAAAAGCUCGAAUCCGAGCGCAGCGCUCACUUACCAGCCAAGCUCGCCACCCAUUCCAGCACCAACGGCAAGAUGGCUGAUACUGCUGGCCCUUUUGACAAACGCAGCCCUUUCGGUGCAAGCACAAACCCACACAGCAUAGAAGAGGAGGAUGAGGAACGUGAUAGCUUUGGCUCCCCCACCAAUGCCACCUUCAAGUCUCCUCGCGGAGCCGAUCGUUCUUCCCCCUUCGGUGCUUCCCCCUUUGGUGCUGCAGCUGGUGGUGCCGCUGCCGGAGGCUUGUUUGGCAACUGGCUAGGCUCCAGUGCAGGCGAAGAGACAGAUUCAUCAGCACAGCAAGCUCCAGCAAACUAUGCAGCUGGUCGUCGCACCUCGGUCUCGGCCGAGUCCAUGCAACCAGACGCUGACUCUGGCAAUUGGAAACCUCCAAAACAUCACAAAAGCCCCGAUCAACUGGAACGACUCAGACAUGCAGUUGCCGGUAACUUUCUCUUCUCGAGUUUGGAUGAAGAAUCCUUCUCCUUGGUCUUGGACGCCCUGGUCGAGAAGUCUAUCCCCGCCGCCAAUAUCAAAGUCAUUACUCAAGGCGAUGAAGGUGAUUUCUUCUACGUCAUCGAGUCUGGCGACUUCGAUGUCUACAUCAACCCUAGUGGAACAGUUGAAGCUGGACCUGACGGUUUGGGUAACAAAGUCGCAACCAUUGGACCCGGUGGUAGCUUUGGUGAAUUAGCAUUGAUGUACAAUGCACCCCGGGCUGCAACCAUCGUCAGCGCAGGCAAGGGUGGCCUGCUCUGGGCUUUGGAUCGUAUCACUUUCCGCCGAAUUCUGAUGGACAACGCCUCCCAAAAGCGGAAGAUGUAUGAAGGUUUCCUCGAAGAAGUCCCACUGCUCUCAACUCUCAAGCCUUACGAGCGUGCGAAGAUCGCAGAUGCAUUGGAGACUGUCAAAUUCAACGAAGGCGAAAAUAUCAUCACAGAAGGAGAGCCCGGAGAUGCUUUCUAUCUGCUCGAAGCCGGAGAGGCAUCGGCCUUCAAACACGGAGUUGCGAAAUCUGUCAAGGAAUAUCAUCGUGGUGACUUCUUUGGCGAAUUGGCAUUGCUAGACGACAAGCCUCGUGCCGCCAGCGUCGUAGCUAAAACCAACGUCAAAGUGGCCAAACUGGGUAGAGAUGGAUUCAAGCGUCUUCUAGGCCCUGUUGAGGGCAUUAUGAGACGUGAAGAGUAUGAGGGUGCAGACCUGGAUCCAUUGAGCCAACAGAAGACUGUGACUUAG